AUGACUUCCCAGCCAGCCGCGCAGUCCGAGCAAAACAAAGGUAAAGGCAAGCAUGUGAGCACCGCCUGCUCGGGUUGCAGACGUCGAAAAAUCAAAUGCGACGGCAUUACACCUAAGUGUUCCAACUGCGUACUGUAUGACCAAGAGUGCGUCUUCCAGUAUGGCGUGGACAAACGCAAGAUCGCUCCUAAGGAGAGACUACAAGCCCUUACGGCCUACUGUCAUCAACUAGAGUCUCUUUUGCGCACCCAUGGAAUUCCAUUACCCAGGCCGCCUCCGUUGCAUGUUCAGAAAGAUGGCAUAGGCGAAUUCAGUCCGACCCAAGCUGGGAAUACCGCCGUUGUCACAUCUUCUACCUGGUCAAGCGCUGAGGAUCAAGAUCAAAAGACUCACAACGGGCAUGGUAUCUCCAAUGUCUAUCUCGUUCCAGAUCUAGAUGACAAAGACUCCUACCUUGACGGUGGAGUGGACGCAGCAGCCACAGAAGUAGAUCAACCGUAUCCAGAAUCGGAUACCCUUGCUGAUCAACUAUCCGGGCGGAUGGGAUCUCUGCAAAUCGCCGAGGACGGCCAAUUACGAUUCUACGGCGCGACUUCUAAUUUGCAUAUCUUGCACAAUGGUCCGCUAUCAUUGUCUCGAUCACGGUUUCGCUCCCUCUCGCAGGAAGGAUCCAACCUCCUCCAUGGCGCCGGGGUUGGUCAUCUCGUUGACCAAGACCUUGAGGAUCAUCUCCUCAGGCUCUACUUUUGUUGGGAGGAUCCCACGAUUCAUGUUGUAGAGGAGUCGAUUUUCUGGCGCGAACGCAGGAGGUGCCUUUCGGGCCACCACUUCAGCUCCUAUUACUCGGAAGUCUUGUCAAAUGCAAUGUGUGCUGUAGGAGCCACCAUGACAUCAAGGAAAUGUCCACACUUGCCCGAACCGCUACCGGACUUUUUCGCCACCAGGUCUAAAACCCUACUAGACCUUGAAAUGGAUGCUCCAACACUCUCGACCGUUCAGUCUUUUGCCAUUCUAAGUGGCAUAGAAGCUGCUCUGACAAGGGAUGCCCGUGGUUGGCUCGACAGUGGCAUGGCAGUAAGACUCGCAGUUGACCUAGGCCUUCAUCUGGACCCCGAGCCCUAUGUACAAGCAGGUAUUAUCACACGAGAGGAGCAGAUUAUUCGGAAAGUCGUCUGGGGUGGUGUCUUUGUCCAUGACAGGAUGUGGAGCCUUUAUGUUGGUAGACCGGUUGCUUUGGACGACAAGCACAUCACUGUGCGAUGGGCACUCCCGGAGAAUCUUAUGGGGACUAAACCAAAGUAUUGGUCUUCUUACACUGAUGACGACGAAGCUCCGGACUCGCCCGUUGUUCUUGACCCUAUCGAUGAUCUAUGCUAUUGGAACAUUAAACUUUGUGCCAAUAUGACAGCAAUAAGAGAGACUCUUUACCCUGAUGGAAUAGGCGAUGUGCGGAGCCUGAGACAACUUUGCGAUUUCGCAACUGAAAUGAGCCAGACGUUGGCACUUUGGAAGGAUGGACUUCCCGAAAGCCUCUCCGUCAAUUACGACGACACAACAACAUACUAUCUCCCGCAUGUCCUACAGUUACACAUGCAAUAUCACUGCGUGAUGAUUAUCACGAAUCGUCCUUUCUUUGCUUCGACAAGGAAGAUGAUUGACCUUAGUCCGCUGGAGAUUUCCAACCGUAGAGAUGCCUGCACAGACGCUGCUGAUGAUAUCGCUAGGUUGGUCCAUAUAUACCGGCGUCUAUACGGACUCAGAAGAAUCAACAUACAGGCUGUGCAUCUUCUGUUUACUGGCACGCUCAUACAUGUGUUCACGGCAUGUGGUGCCCUGGACAAAACAAAAAGCGACAAUGCAUGGAAGAAUCUCGAAACUUGCUGCCAGGCACUCAGCGAGAUGAGCCUCUCGUUCAAAAACGCUGGAAGAGCUUUUGAAGUGAUCAUGAGCAUCAAAAGCGAUCUCUUGAAGAGGUCCCGCUCCAGAUUAAAGCGAUCGAAUCCUUGGCAUGACGGACAGGACUUCGAUGCUGAUUCCCAAAGGAAAAGACGCUCGACUAUGCCUGAGAGUGAAUUAUUGCCCUUCGAAGACUUUGGGGCUUCUAACUUUGAUCCAUCAUUUGACUCGGCUGCGCCUUUGAAUUUCUUUGAUACAUCCUACGACGACUUCUCCCUUGACAGUCUAUUCUGGACCGGGUUCAACUCAUUGGAGUUGCCACAUUUACCACCUCAAAAUCCACAGAAUGGGCCUUGA